AUGACAUGUACAGUUUGGCCGUCAAGGUUGUUAGCGGAGGACGUGCCAAGCGGCGAGGGCAGCCAGUCCUGUGCUGGAAACCCUGCUCUGCAUGGGGUGUCUCCCUUCGGACCGGCGCAUGUCUCUUCCUUGGUGCAUCUUGGCUGCUCGCGUCGCAGCAGAGACACUGAGGAAGCUCUGCCCGGCAAGGAGGCGUUGAAGGCAUCCGCGAAGUUGCUACCUCGUCUGGAACCUCCUGCAUCAGUAGACUCUGGAGAAGAGGCGCCAUGUAGGUCUUCCUCUUGGGGGGCUGUAGACACUCGCGCUUUCGUCGUCGAAUGCGGGGCUGGAGCCUCGCUGUUCAUGGGAGUGCCAGAGAGACACAGAGCUUGGCCGGCAAGUGAGACAUGUGCUGAUGUCACUACUGUGGAGGCGCCAGCCGGGAGAGAAUUCGCUGCGAGAGGGGCCAAGAGAAGAAGUACGAGCUGGGCUUCUUGCGAUUGGCAGGAGCGUUCUCAGCACCUGGUAGCGGCCACAAAGUCUGCUGAGGGGUUCCAGGGCUAUGGAGCUGUGUGCAGCUACGUAGAAGCUCCCACAAGAGUGGCAACAUGCACGGUGAGAGAAGCGGAUACUUGCACGUGCAACGAAGAGCAGGGGACUCUAAAAGUGCCAGCAAAAACAAGAAAUACUGUCAGUCCAGAUGCCGUCGAAGGGGCCUCGAGUUCCAACAAGAUGUGCACAGCAUGCAGUAGCUCUGCAGCUGCGCUAGUGGAAGGAUCUUUUGAGGAAGAGGAGAGUGCUGAUGUCGGGUCUGAAUGCCUUUCUGAGAAGGCGGUGAUGCCGUCUCCUUGUGGAGCAGAGGAGGGAGAUGCCGAGAGCGCGGAAAGCAACGGGUGCUUGAGCUGCAGCGAUAUCAGUGCAACCCGUUUCAACAGCGGAGGGCCUCAUAGUGAGCUCCCGUGUCGAGGGCCGUCGUCGUCGGAGGCAUCCGACGCAUCCUGCAGUCGCACCUCCGUCCACUGUAUAGACGACUCAGUCCCUGGUGCAGCUCAAAAAAUUCAGAACGCAGAUAGCUCUGCAGAGCACACCAGGAAUUCUGUGGUAGUAUGGGAGUCUCUGCCUGACGGAGACGGAGAGCGGCAGCCUGCGAGUGCGGGCUCAAGCGGCCUUGACGCAGCGAACUGGGGCCUUAUUCAACGUAAAGAACUUAAGAGACUGCAGCCGACGGGCUUUGACAACAUGGCCGCAGCGAUGGUAGAGAGCUGCACGGAUGAGCCAUUAAACGGGCUAUCAGGGUGCCCGCCUGUGCCUGAAUUGGCGAGGGAUGGAGAGGGGGGAGAGGCAGCAACGCAAAAGGAAGGCUCGGCAGCACUGCAUGCGCUUCUUGUACCUACUGACACUUGGGCAGUCGAUUCAGAGGGUUUGGAGAAAGACUUGCCUCUGGCUUUCAAGGGGUCCUCUCCCGUUGGCAAGCAUAUAACGGAGGCAUCGGGUACGCCUGUGAAGAAAUUGGGGCGUCUUGCCGCUCUGUUUGACCCGAAAGACAGAAGAAAGGCGGUUAAGCAAAAAUCCAAGAGGCGUCAGUCCGGGAGCCUCGAGGGCGCUGAGAGGGACGGUAUUGUGCACGUGGACCCUCAAGAGCAGUCUUUGGGCGAAACGAAAGAAGGCGCUUGCGCGUUGUUGAUGGCCAUGUAUCCGGGGGCAGAAGAGCAAUGCUUUACCUCGAAUGAUGAGGAGGAUCAGUGUGGUGGGGCGAAAGUUCUGGUUGAUGAGACGUCUGCCACACCGCUAACACCCUUUCUGAUAGAGCGGCAGGAGAAAGUUUCGGAGCUCCUAGAGUGCAGCUCCCUCUCAUCUUCCGUCUUGCUACCUGACACAGAGGGGAGGGCGUCGCACGACGGUAGCCGUCAGAUCUCGCAGAACAAUCAGGAAGAUGAGAGUGACAAGCAGCCCCUGUCCAGCUCGCAGGACUGUCCAUCGUUGUGGGCCUCCUUUGGCUCUGAGAAUCUGGAAGAUGAAGAAGGAGGGACGUCUUUCCAGGAUGCUGCUGAGGCGUUGGAGGGGGACGCUGUGGGAGGGGAGGCGGAGCACGCAGGGGAAGGAGAGGCUGAGCGUGCGGUGGGAGGAGAGGCUGAGUACGCAGUGGAAGGAGAGGCUGAGCAUGCAGGGGAAGGAGAGGCUGAACAUGCAGGGGAGCUGUUGGCAAGCAGUAGCUGUCAGGUCGGCCAGGAGCCGCAGGAGGGCCAGAGCAGCGAUGGUGGGCCUCUAAAGACAUAUUUGCAUGAGGCUUCGCCGGCAUGGGGUCUGUUGUACUGUACAACCGAGGCUAGUGAGGAUCCAGAGAAUUUCCAGGAAGUGGGGGAGGUUGAGGACGGGAAGCCUGUGGAGUCGCAGGGGAACGAAAUGCGUGGCUACAGUUCUGAGAUUUUUCGUACCGCUGAAGCGGCAUGCCAGAAGGGGCAGUCGCACGAGGCGCGCCAGUCGAGUGACUAUGGACUUUCCUUAGUGGACAGCUGCGGGAACUCUGCUGCUGAGCCAGAGGGGGGGCCCAGCUGCUUACUAGAUGGCUCAGAUGUCGGUGGUGGUAAAAACGUGGAGUUACCGGGGCAAUCGUUCCGUAAGAGCAGCCGUCAGAGCUCCUUAUAUGAGGCCCAAGAGGCCCCGAACUGCGAGAGCAGUUACCAUUGCCGCGAAUCCAACUUGCAUGUUGUUGCAUCGCGUUGUGUCUUGGGUGACUCUCGUGCGCAGCUACAUGAAAACGGUGCUGUACGCUUCCAAGAUGCCUCAGAAAUAGUUGACCGGAAGGCAUCCUUAGAUACGACGCACGAAGGGCAGCCUUUUUCGCAAUGUGGCAUCUGUCAGAGCUUUUCUCGAUGUGGUGAGGGCGGGAAGCGCCAAGAACUUCUUCAGGCCGUUUUGCAAGAGCCUUUGACACGUUGGCAUCUGCGUGAGUCUGGGGAGCCGUCCACAGCAGCGCUCAAAACCUUGCAAAACACGGCAGCAUCCGAGUCAACAGAGGUAGAGCGGUGCUCGUGCUGCAGCGGCCCUCCAACGGCAGAUAUGGUGCAGCUGAAACAGGGACCUGAGAGCAGCCAGCGAAGCCACACUCCCAGCAUACCCCUUGAGAGCUACCACGAUGCUGCAGAGGGGGCGCAUGGCGAGGUGCCUGAGUCUACAAGGGCAGAGGGGAGGGCGUCGCACGACGGUAGCCGUCAGAUCUCGCAGAACAAUCAGGAAGAUGAGAGUGACAAGCUGCCCCUGUCCAGCUCGCAGGACUGUCCAUCGUUGUGGGCCUCCUUUGGCUCUGAGAAUCUGGAAGAUGAAGAAGGAGGGAAUUCUUUCCAGGAUGCUGCUGAGGCGUUGGAGGGGGACGCUGUGGGAGGGGAGGCGGAGCACGCGGGGGAUGGAGAGGCAGAGCAUGCAGGGGAGCUGUUGACAAGCAGUAGCUGUCAGGUCGGCCAGGAGCCGCAGGAGGGCCAGAGCAGCGAUGGUGGGCCUCUAAAGACAUGGUUGCACGGGGAUAUGUCGAUUUGGGAGUUCAGAGGCUCUUUCACACAUUCAGCAGGUGUAGAGCACGCGUCUUUGGAGGCUAACCAAAAAGAUGUUGAGGCCAGAGCAGCAGUCGAGUCUGGGGAAGAGGUGUCGUGCGGCGGCAGCAGCAGCAGCGAGAAAACGGAGCAGGCGAAGGGCCCGCAGGGCUGCGAGACACAAACAUCGUGGCAGUCUGGCAUGCAUGGGGAGAAUCUCUCGCUUUGGAGCCUGGAUGGCAGGGCUUCAGUUGCAUGCUCAGGUUUUAGACGUUGCGUUGAUGACGGCAAGGCGGUCACUCUAGAGGGAGAAGCUGGGGAGCAGACAUCGCGCGUUGCCAGCCGUCAGAGCUCGCACGAGAGGCAGGGCACCCUUGUCAGCAAGGACUGUAUCCAGCUUGUUGAGGAAAAACUGGGAGUGUUCGAAGUUGGAGCGGAGGACCAGAAACCUACGCGCUCGGAGACGUUAUCAAGUGCACUAGAUAAGGCACCUGCGGAGGCGUCAGAGCCGAGGGGCCCAACGGAGGCGGCUAUGGAGGUUGGGGGGCUUCGGUCUUGUAGCGUGCCUGAAGCAGAUGCAGCAUACAGACGCUGCAUCAUCGCGCACUUGUCCUUGUCUGAGGGGAGUCUUUCAACGCUUCAUAUCAACCUGCACGCUUCUCAGGGAGAUACCGCAACCUUUCGCCUUACGCAAGGAGAGGCUGAAGCUUAUUCAGAGCCGUCGACUCCGCGACAAGUCCCGAUGGCUGCACCAUUGUCUAACCCUAGAUGCUUGUUGCCGGGAGACAGCAGGGACUGUUUUUGCGGGGGGCAGAUGGGCUGCAGAUGGAGGUCGCGCGUGCGCAGGCCGCUGGGGAGGCUGCCGCAAGGCUCACGAAUUCAAGUCAAAGCCUCAGUUGGCAGCAGUAGGCAGCGAUCUCAUGGGGACUGGGUGUCGGCGACGGUACAGAGGGAGUCUGCGCCAAGAGAGGCGGCCGAGCCAGUCUUUCCUGCUGGUGCCGCACAGGUGCCUGCAGCUCAGAGUGCAAAAACGAUGGGAGGAACAGACGCGUCUCAUGAGAAAGUUGCAGAGGCGAACCGGCCUCAGCGUAGUUCGUGGGAUGCGGAAGCGCGGCGCUCUCCUAACGUUGAGGCCAAUCUGCACCCUCCUACGGCCCUUCGUAGCAGCGGAAACCAGCCGUCUCUAGCAGGGAUGCAGCUGGAUGGCACUCUACCCCCAGUACAUCCUCCUGGCCAUAUGCAUGACCAGCAGACUGCACCAGCCUUAGGGGGGCAGAUGCCUGCGGAGGGAGGGCCUCCCGUAGUAGUGGUUGACGGGGGUGGCAUGCAGACGGGCAUUUGCGGCACUGAAUUGUCAAAUGCGUCCCGCACGAGUUCGUCAGAAAGGGCACCUGCGAUAGCCGGGGUGGAAGACACUCGCGAGUCUAUCGAAAGUGAUGGCAGCGGGAGGGAGCCGUUGUCGCACAGCUGCAAUGAGUCGUCUAGCGCCGGAGAUGCUCGCCAGCAGAGCCACAGAGACAGUGGAACGGGGCGGAGCGCGCGCCCCAGUAGAAGCAGCAGCCUCAACGAAAGCGAUACCUCCUCCUCUAGCGAGGACAGUGAGCGGCGCAGAAGCAGCAACGCCUCUGACACUAGCAGCAGCAGUGACAGUACUACUGGCAACCGAGAGUUUCUCGCCGAAAAUCGUGUCAGCGAUAGCAGAGCCCGAAACGCCUCGGGGGGCUAUCAGAGAUGGAGUUCACCUGGAGAGCUUCAAACUGCAGCUCAUGAUGCGGUCCCUUGUACGGCACUCGUAGACGGGAGGGAAAACCCCUGCGAUGCGGGGUCUUACUCGCUUCCUUUCGUGUCGGUCUCAUCUGAGGGAACGCCAGAAGGCACGAGUCAAAGUGAGAGCAGAAGAAUGUCGCCGGGAGGGGAGAGUGAGCCAGUGCGCGACGAGGCCUUAGAGCACAAACCGGAACAGCCGCCGACGAUGGCGCAGGGUGCUCCUGCGAGAGCAGCAGAUGAAGCUGGCGCUAGAGCUCAGCCCCAUACCCCACACGCCUCGGAGGUUCCUGUGCCCUUCGCUGCUAGCAGCGAGUCUUUAAAAGGCCUCGUUGCGAGUCGCCAGUCAUCUGUCUCGGCAGCGGAGCAUCCGCCUGUCGUCCGUAGGUCUGCGACUUCGGCAUUCGGCUUCGCUGAGGCCUUCUCCUCUUUGGCGAAAAUGGUUUUUGCUUCUCGCGCUCCCUCGCGGGCGGUUACUCACGAAGCAGCUAGAAGAGAGGAAAGCCACACUGGUGCUGGACACGAGAGCGUUGAACGCGAGGAGCGCCCUGCUGAUGGGGGCUUUUCGACAGUUGCUGCAGGCGGGAAGCCGACUUCGACGCCUGGCCCUGCUGUGCAGCCCCUGCCUUUAUCGUCAGCCUCCGUCCCCCGCAGUGCGAAGAGUGAACGUCCGACGCCUGCGUUCGCACUUACGCGCGCUGUAUCUGAAAUGACAGGAAGCCACGGCAAACACCACAGGGAGGCUUCGCCCGGCACCGAGGCUGAAGGCCCUCGCCAGAUUAGCGAGGAUUGUUUAAAUGUACUAAAGCAGCGCCCGCUGCAGACGCAAGACGAUAAGGGCACUCGGAGCGCUGCAAAACGCUACAGCAGCCUCACGGCUGAUCCGGCUUUGCGAGAGGGGGCUGAGGGCUCCCCUGACCACGCAGGCGGGCGGGACCAAAGAUAUGAGUUUCUGGAGAACGCAGUCGCGUUCCACACCCAACCGUCGGGGGGCUUCUCAGACGCCAUCGAGGAGCAUCUUACAGGAGGCGUUAGCAGCUCGAAGACGUCCCACGACACUUCGGACGGCUCAGAAGUCGGCAGCGCUCCUUGCGAACAUCUGCAGCCGAACCUGAAAGGCCCUCCAAUUAGAGGGACCAAGGUUCUGGGGGGAAUGCAUGGGCAUGGGGAGGCGGGAGACCAAAGCCCGUCAAGCGUGCAUGCCUCUGAAGGCGCAGCUCCUACAAAGCAGCCCUUCGACGUUUCAAAGUCUGCGGAACGGUUCUGGAGAAGCACUGAUUUCCGCAAUGCUGCCUCGGGCAUGGUGGGAGAACUGAGGCCAUGUGGAGGAGGCAGGGCCUCCGCGGACCGCGCUGCGCAGCAGAUCGAAAGAGACUUUUCCCCUUCUCGAUCGAGUGAGAGUGAGUCUAAGAGCCCGUCUGACAGUGAACUGAGCGGUGAAUCCUCGAACCAGGAUUCCCUCGAAUGGGCUGCGCGCAUGGGAAAGAGGAGUUCUCCAAAAGCCUGGCGUUUGGCGUGGCCUCAAGGGCUGGAGUUCAGUUCUCAAGGCUCUGAAUCUCCCGGAGGGCUAGCGAGCCCUAGGCAGCAUAAGGCAUCCGCAAGCCUCAGAAUGGCCUCAGACGUGCCCGUAGAUCGCUCUGUUGGUUAUCCCCCGUGGCACCAGGAGAACGACUGGGAUCUGGGAAGGCGAUCAGUAUCAGGCCCGGUGCCUAGGGCGUUUCAGGCAGCUGCUGAUCGGAAAGUUACACGAAAGGGGGGUGCCUGGACGCCGAGGCUUCCUUUCGAGGCGUCGAAAGCCGCUGCAUACGGCCAGCGCGGGGGAUCGAGCGAAGGGGACGUGGAGGCGUCGGAGGCAGUGUUGCCUCCUCCAAGAACUGCCGCUGCAGCGCGACAUCAGACGUCUCUAGAUUUAGGUACAACGAACAGUAUAGUGGAGAGUGCCAUUCAGCUUGCAAUCCACAAGUCGGCACCCCGGCAAGAUAUUCGACGGCGCGGCCGUCGCUUAUUGCGGGACGAGAAAAUGGACUUGAUCUUCGAAGAAUUCGGAUGGGGGGCCUUCUCGCACUCGCCGGCCCUUGCGGAGGGGGCUUUAGGGUCGACGAAAGGCGGUUUCCUAGAAAGCCGUUCAGCGCUGUCGGAGUGUGCUACGAAGGGGACACUGGCGAAGCGAAUAGCGCCGCCUCCCGCUUCGCUGGCAUGCAGCCUGCCUCCUAUCUUUUGUGGUAAUGCGUUGUCUGACUCGUCUUUGUGGAAUCUGCAGCUGCGGCGGCGUUCACCCGGCGGAAGAGCACUGUUGACGCGAGCUAACAGUUGUGCAAUACUGGAAGAAGAUUUGGCUCGAAGACCUGUGAGGCAAACAGGACAGCGUGGUCUCCCUCAGGCGAAGACUUUACGCUUCGCAUCAAGAACACCGGUACUGGGAGGAGCCAGUGUGUUGCAGCAGACAGGCAAGCCACUGCAGCAAGCGUCUCUAAGCUCGCUCUUGCAGGAGCUGCUGGAUGCCCCCGACACUAGAUUAGGAAAAGCUGCGGGUAAACCGACAGUCUGUGCCACAAUACGUGGGGUUGCAUCCCGCGCAGGUAGACGAGAGGUUGGAAGGUUGCGUGCUUCUACAAUGCCAAAGCCAAGGAGGCCCUGGGCCUGCGGAGAGCCUAUCUCUUCCCCGUCAGCGGAAACUAAUUCGGCGUUUCGCACUUAUGUCCACAAGCCGGGUUGCAGAUGCCCCUUGUGCUCCGUUGGCUGGAUUUCUAAGAGAGCCUUGGGGACCAAUGGCACCGUCCCUAGGGAGUACAACGGAGAGGCACUUGCACCUUGUGAGAUAUCUACGCCACGGCUGCAGGGAGGACUGCCUGUAGUGCCGCUUCCUCCGGGAGGCUAUGCAGCGGCAUCGCCGAUUCGCAUCGGCUCCUCGCCCAUAGGCCCCCAUCUGGGGUACGGGGUCUGUGGCGUAGGCACCCCCAGUUAUCAACCUCAAGUCAGGAUGCCUCAUGGUCUAAGAGCCACUGCCAUGACCAACGCCACAGGCUACUAUGAUCCAACUGCUGAUGGCUACCACCAUCAUGGCACCGCUAUGCAAGGGGGGGCAUUCUCCCCCCGCCAAGAGCCACGGAGUCCGCGGGUGCAGACAGCUACUUCGGGGGAGUGGCCGCCUUUGCACGAAUCCCCCAACAGGGGGCGCUUGACGGUGCCAGCCUUUGUUGGCUACCCAGCAGCCCAAGAAGACACCCAGGUUGACGACAAGCACUCGUACGGUACCCCUGCCUUUGCCACGUCCCCUCCACCAGACAGUGAAUCGCAAGAGCGCAUGCAGAGCAAGGAGCGGCCCUCUGUUAGCCUCAGCCGAUGCGUCAGCUCCGAGGAGCUCGAAAAGAUUAAACAGCAACAGCAGCAGCAACAGCAAGAGCAGGAGGAGCUGAAACGGCGUCAGGAGGAGCUGGAACUGGAGCAAAGCAAACAGCGAGAGGAACUAGAGGCCGAACGCCAGCGUCUGAGAGAGCAACGCGAAGCCCUCGAAAGACAAAAAAAAGACUUCGAACAGGAAAAACAGGAUAUCCUCCAGGCAAGACUUGAGACUGUUGCAUCGAGCCACAGAAAGGCUUGUGGUGGGAGCAACGCGGAGCUGCCAGUGUGCAGCACUGAGAGGCUUCCUGUAGGAAGCGAUUUCGACCUUCCGCGGAACGCAGCAGCGCAUCGGCCCCUUCGACACACGAUCUCCACUUCCAAUAUCGUGCGCUCCAUCACGGGAUCUGGUCUUGGGGAUAUGCACUCGGAAAUCCGGCACGCGGGAGUAGGUCUAGAGGGCGAGGGGCUCGAGAAGGAAGGCUGGAGUACUGUAGGUGGCCGCCAACACAACCUUUCCCAUCCUGGUCACUCGCACCGUUUCUUCAGUCGCACUGCAAGUAUUGAUACAGUAGAGGACAAGGAUACCACUGCGAGCCCCCAAGAAGAGCUGCACACCGAUCCCGCUAUGGCACUAUCUACUGCUCUAGACAAGGUUGCGAAAAUCCGAAUGAAGCUCGACACGUUACAGCAGCAACUUGAAGUGCAGUCCCAUGAAGUUGCAAGCUACUAUAGCUCUCUAAAAACGGCCGACCAAGUUCACAGUUCGCUGCAGCAGACUGCCGCAGAUUGCCGUGUCUGCUAUGGAAGACGGCACACGCAGAUGCAGGAAGUAGAGAAGCGCUUAAGUGUACUGACAGCGCAAGAUCUACAGCCUUGCUCGAUUGAAGAGCUUGAGGAACUCGCUCAAGAGCUAGAAGGAACUCAGUACAAGCUCACAGUGGUCCAGGCCCAGAGAGCUGGGGGCUCAUCAGAGGACAAUCGUAAGAAGACCAAGCAGCUCCUACCCUAUUCCUCCAGCUGCCUUCCAGAUCCCAAGUCUUCGUUUGCAAUCCCAGAGGAACCCGUUGCUAGGAUUGGUCCUGACGACUGUGUUGCAAUGCAAGAAUCGGCCAUGCAGGAGAUUAAGGCUUUGGGAGAAGAUUUGGAGCACAUUAAGACCGUGCACUUUCAAUACAAGAAGGCUUAUAAAAGGCUGCAGGGCAUCAUGACUCAACAAGUCAACAGCUAUGACGUCGACCUACAGCGCCUCGUCGCUAUUGAGAAGAACCUAGAAGACAAAUUGCGCAGACUCUUGUUCCUUAAUGGUGACGCCAACUACUCCGAAUUGUCAGACGCACAGAUGCAGGAAUACUUCCGUGUAGUAAACUUGUCGAUCCGGAAGGUUUACAGAGAAAUUGCCCUCAGAGAGUCCAAUGACAGGAGGCAAAACGAGCCACGCGCCAGCGGAUUUAUUCAUUAUAUGGCUAAUGUAUGUGAUGGUGACUGUUGGAAUGUAUUGGCUUGUGCAGCACCCAUACGCGGGGUACAGUGUUUCGAGUCCAAGAGCUGUGAGAGCAGCCACGAAGAUCAGGAUCAUGCGCCGAUCAACAUUCCACUGUGGAACAGCGAAGAAAACCACGUCACUCUUUUGGCUUUCCCUGCCAAAAGUGGCAAUCGGCGUGUGCCUCGCGACAGCUCACGAGAGCAGUCGGGUAGUUUAAGCCGCGUUUGUAGUUCGGUUCACAUUCCGUUUGUUGCCGGCAGCAAAACCACCAGCCUCGUCGCUCAGCGGAUGAUCGCGCAAAGAGGGCGCUUCACCCAUCACCGCAUGUCUGGCUAG